AAUCCCGCGUUGGCGCGUUGAUUUUCAUAUGGCAUGUUGUGGUUUUGCUACUCGGAAAAUCAAUUAUCUGCAGGAAAAUCGGCAUUAAUUCAUGCUGUUGUUAAAAGUGUGUGUUAAAAUUAGAUGCCGAGGCGGCAUAACGAUUUUAAGGGAGAUUUGAAAGAGGACAAGACAUAACCUCAAUAUUGUUGAAAAUUCAAAAUUGAAAGAACUGUCACUUUUAAAAUUUGGCAAUGACCCAACGUAUUCGCAGUUGUUCGAGUAACACAAAUUUAGAUACGGUUAAUUGCGAUGCGUACCAAACGAGACUUUUACCACGAAGUAAAGCACCAUCGAGGAGCAAUACACGGGAAUGCUCGGCGACACAAUUGAAAGGAUAUAAGAAAUCUAAAGGCCGAAGCGUUCCUAAAGAAACGAGUAAGAGCUCUGUUACUAGCGAAGUAAGUAAAAACCGCCAGCCCUGGGCCAAUCUGUUAACGUCAUCUAGAAGUGUAGACAGUGUUACGACGUUCGAUGGUUGCGAUCCCUUGCGAACCGUUCACUUUCUUUCAAAAGAGCUCAGCUCCAAGCUACAGUGCGCUUCGUUCGGCGAUCCACACGUUUACGACCUGAUAUUAAGCAUGCAACAUGCGCUAAAUCGUGUACCGGCCGAAGUCACCUCGACACCAAAUCUACCGCUGAAACAAUCGCAAAAUGAAAUAAACAAUUACGACAAAGAAAUUCCGGAAAAGUUGCUGCCGGAAAAGUCGGAACGAGGAUGCCAAACAAUUGACCGGCGACAUCUGGAGGUGAACACGGCGAAACUUCAACUUAGCUGCGAACAAAUAGAAAAAUCCUACAACAUCCUAAGGAAAGAGAAGGAGCACGUGGAAAAUUUACUGCGUCUCGAAUGCGAAAGAGUGGCCAGCUUUCGGAAGCAGAACGCCGUCCUACAACACGAAAACGCGGCCAUAGCCCGGCAACGCGACGAGCUUGAAACGAAGCUCAAACAGUACAAGCAGGUCGAUCCUAACGAACUCAAGGUGCGCAUCGAGGACCUGCUCAGGCAGAGGGUGGAGUUGGAGCACGAGAACAUCGGCCUUAGGCAUCGGUUAACGACCGUCGACAUUGAAAGGGAGAAAUUCGUCACGCUGUUGGGCAUGCGGGACCGACAAAUCAACGAGAUUUUAUCGGAGAUUGACGCCUUGCAAGAGAUCGUGAGAGAGCAACUGUUGGAAUUGCAGAAGGUGCCGAUUGUUUCGUCCACUUCCAGUGUAACGACGUUGUUGAGUGAUGUCGAAACGUAACGCGUUAUUUGCUACGGUAACGACGAAUUGCUGACAGGUAACGACUGUGAUAUGUCAAUGCAGUGUUGGUACUAAUAAAUUUUGUAAUCGGAAACGUGUAGAGAUUUUUUAACUUUUUUUUAUUUAUUAUUAAAUGACUAGAGAAUCGUAA